AUGGAAGUCGGCCCGAAAAUGGUCCACGUGGAGGAGCUCGGCCUCAAAACCGAACUCUGCCUAGGCCUGCCUGGCGGCGGAGUAGGUGAGCCGACGGUCAAGAUGGCCGCUAAUCUGAAGAGAGGGUUCUCGGAGACCGUUGAUCUGAAGCUCAAACUUCAUCGCGAUUCCGAUGAACCGCCGUCAGUUGCUGAUGCCGACUCGAAAGAAGACGGCGUUGUUACUAUGAAAAGUUGUUCCAAGGAGAAUAAUAGUAACAAAGCUAUGGUUAAUCUUCACAAAGACCAUAUGAAUAUGAAACCACCUGCCAAGGCACAAGUGGUUGGGUGGCCACCCGUCCGUUCUUUCCGGAAGAACAUAAUAGCCGAUCAACAAAAGGGCAACAACAACACUAACUCAGCUCCCGACAAGGCUGCCGCUUUUGUUAAGGUGUCGAUGGAUGGGGCACCUUUCCUCCGUAAAGUCGACCUAAAAAUGUACGAGUCGUAUCAACAACUAUCGGAUGCCUUAGCCAAAAUGUUCAGCUCCUUCACCAUGGGAAAUUAUGGUACACAAGGGAUGAUAGAUUUCAUGAAUGAAAGCAAAUUAAUGGAUCUUUUGAACAGUUCAGAAUAUGUCCCUACUUAUGAAGAUAAGGAUGGGGACUGGAUGCUCGUGGGGGACGUACCAUGGGAGAUGUUUGUUGAUUCUUGCAAGCGCGUCCGAAUCAUGAAGGGAUCUGAAGCAAUUGGACUUGCACCACGAGCUAUGGAGAAAUGCAAGAACAGAUGCUAA